AUGUCGUCCAACACAUAUCCCACCAUGCUCACAAAGUUCGAGUCCAAGUCGUCGAGAGCAAAGGGCAUUGCCUUCCAUCCCAAGCGACCAUGGAUCCUCGUCUCUCUGCAUUCUUCGACCAUCCAGCUAUGGGACUACCAACACGAUGGCCCUGUACGAGGUGUCGACUUCCACAAGACCCAACCCCUCUUCGUGUCCGGUGGUGACGACUACAAGAUCAAGGUCUGGUCGCUUCAGACUCGUCGCUGCCUCUUCACCCUCAAUGGCCAUCUUGACUAUGUCCGCACCGUCUUCUUCCAUCACGAGCUUCCCUGGAUCAUUUCGGCCUCGGAUGACCAGACCAUUCGCAUCUGGAACUGGCAGAACCGCUCGCUGAUCUGUACCAUGACCGGCCACAACCAUUACGCCAUGUGCGCUCAAUUCCACCCCAAAGAAGACCUCGUCGUUUCUGCCUCGCUCGAUCAGUCUGUUCGCGUUUGGGACAUUUCGGGCCUCCGCAAGAAGCAUUCGGCCCCCACCUCGAUGACUUUUGAAGACCAGAUGGCUCGCGCCAACGCAAACCAGGCAGACAUGUUCGGCAACACAGACGCUGUGGUCAAGUUUGUGCUCGAAGGCCACGACCGUGGUGUCAACUGGGUUUCCUUCCACCCUACUCUGCCGCUUAUCGUCUCGGCUGGCGACGAUCGCUUGAUCAAGCUCUGGAGAAUGAGCGAAACAAAAGCUUGGGAGGUUGAUACAUGCAGAGGUCACUUCCAGAACGCUUCAGCCGCUCUAUUCCACCCUCAUCAGGACCUGAUCCUCUCGGUUGGUGAGGACAAGACUUUGCGCGUCUGGGACCUCAACAAGCGCUCCUCGGUCCAGUCGUUCAAGCGUGAGAAUGAUCGUUUCUGGACCAUUGCCGCUCAUCCUGAGAUCAACCUUUUCGCCGCUGGUCACGAUAACGGUGUCAUGGUCUUCAAGCUCGAGCGUGAACGUCCUGCUUCGGCUGUCUACCAAAACAACCUCUUUUACAUCACAAAGGACAAACAAGUUCGCUCGUACGACUUCACUAAGAACAUUGAGAGUCCUUCGAUGCUCUCACUCAAGAAGCUUGGCAGCCCUUGGGUGCCUCCGCGUGCUAUCUCAUACAACCCUGCGGAGCGUGCCGUUCUGGUUACCUCACCUGCAGAUGGUGGUUGCUAUGAAUUGAUUAACUUGCCUAGAGACGCCUCUGGUGCCGUAGAGCCUACUAACUCUUUGCGCGGCACUGCAACUUCAGCUGUUUUCGUCGCCCGUAACCGCUUUGCUGUUUUCAACCAGCCUAAUCAGCAGAUUGACAUCAAGGAUCUUCAAAACUCGACUACCAAGACUAUCAAGCCUCCGCCAGGCACCGUCGACAUCUACUUUGGUGGCACUGGCUGCUUGUUGCUCAUUACUCCUACUUCGGUUGUUCUCUACGACAUUCAGCAGAAGAAGCAGCUUGCCGAGCUUGCUGUCAAUGGCGUGAAGUAUGUUGUCUGGUCCUCUGAUGGUUUGUACGCCGCUCUGCUUAGCAAGCACAACGUGACUAUUGUCAACAAGUCUCUGGAACAGGUCAGCACGCUGCAUGAGACUAUCCGCAUCAAGAGCGCUGUUUGGGAUGAUACCGGUGUCCUUCUUUACUCGACCCUCAACCACAUCAAGUACACUCUCAUGAAUGGCGACAACGGAAUUGUCCGCACCCUCGACCAGACCGUCUACCUCGUUCGUGUCAAGGGCAGAAGUGUCUACUGUCUGGAUAGAGCUGCCAAGCCCAAGGUCAUGACUAUUGACCCAACAGAAUACCGUUUCAAGAUGGCUCUCGUUAAGAGACACUACGAUGAGAUGCUGAAUAUCAUCAAGAACUCAAGUCUUGUCGGUCAGAGCAUCAUCUCUUACUUGCAGAAGAAGGGAUACCCUGAGAUCGCUCUCCAAUUCGUUCAGGAUCCUCAAACCAGAUUCGAGCUGGCUAUCGAGUGCGGAAACCUCGAGGUUGCUGUCGAGAUGGCCAAGCAGUUGGACCGCCCCAAGCUUUGGCAACGCUUGAGCACAGAAGCUCUGGCUCAUGGCAACCACCAAGUUGUUGAGAUGACCUACCAAAAAUUGCGCAACUUUGACAAGCUUUCGUUCCUGUACUUGUCGACUGGUGACGAGUCAAAGCUACACAGAAUGGCUAAGAUUGCCGAGCACCGUGGCGACAUGACUUCUCGCUUCCAAAACUCUCUCUACCUUGGUGAUGUUCAAACCAGAAUCGAAAUGCUCAAGGAGAUUGACCAGUAUCCUCUUGCUUACUUGACUGCUAAGGCCAACGGUAUGGAGGAGGAGUGUCAAAACAUCCUUGAGGCUGCCGGUCUUACGGAAGAUCAAGUUACCAUGCCUGACACUGGCAAGCCGCUAGCGACACCACCCGUCAUUGUUCCUACCUUCCAGUCAAAUUGGCCCGUUAAAUCGUCUGGUGCAUCGUCCUUCGAGAAGGCUUUGCUCGCCGAUGGUGGCGCCGAGGAGGUUGUGCCCGCAACCAAUGGCUACGACGCUGACUUCCUUGAGGCUGAGACUGCUGCUCCUGAGGAGACUGCUGAGAUUGAACAAGAAGAUGAUGAGGAUGCUGCUGGUUGGGACAUGGGUGAUGAUAGCUUCGCUGAAGCCGAAGAAGAAUUCGUAAACGUUGAGACCGUCGAAGCAGGCGCUGGUAGCAGCGAAGCAGAUGUGUGGGCACGCAACUCACCAGUUGCUGCAGAUCACGUUGCCGCUGGAUCUUACGAGUCUGCCAUGAACCUCCUCAACAGACAAGUUGGCGCAGUCAACUUCAAACCUCUCGAGGCCAGGUUCGAGGAGAUUUACACUGCUUCGCGCACAUUCUUGCCGGCAAACCCUGAGUUGCCGCCUCUAGUCAAUUAUGUCCGCCGCACACUCAAGGAGACCGAUUCACGAAAGAUUCUGCCCUUCAUUCCUGGCGAUCUUGAGACGAUAACCACCACAGAUCUCCAAGCAGGAAAGCAAUCGAUGCAGAAGAACAAGCUUGAGGAUGGUGUUCAAAUAUUCCGCAAGAUUUUGCAGACCCUGAUUGUUAAUGCUGUCUCGUCGCAAGCACAAGUCAACGAGGCAAAGGAGCUUAUCCAGACAGCUGCACAAUACGUUCUUGCAAUGUCAAUCGAGUUGACGCGCAGAGAGCUUGUUGGGGGAACCACAGAUUUGAGCUCUUUCUCCGACGAGGACAAGAAGCGUGCCCUUGAACUGUCAGCUUAUUUCACAGUCCCUGCUAUCGAGCCCCAACAUCAGACCCUGGCCUUGUUCACUGCCAUGAACUUUGCACACAAGAACAAGCAGCUGAGCAGUGCUCUUAACUUCGCCAAUGCGCUUAUUGAGAGAGGAACAAACGCUCGUUUCAAGGAGAACAAGGUUAAGGCUGUAUGCGAACGCCAACCCGGAGAUGCGGUCGAGAUUGAGUAUGACUCGUUCGCCGAGUUCGACGUUUGCGGUGCAUCAUACACACCGAUCUACAGCGGCGAGCAAAGCGUAAGCUGCCCUUACGAUGGCGUCAAGUAUCAAGCACAGUACAAGGGUACGGUCUGUAAGGUGUGCGAGAUCUGCGCCAUCGGAGCUCCGGCUAGCGGUUUGAGGCUGACUGUUUAA